AUGGAGUUCCCUUCCCCAAAACCCCUCUCUUUCGCGCGCGCUCGGGGUUUUCUUCUCUUCCUCGUGGUAUACAUCCGUAAGCUGCUCGAGUCCCCUUUUCACGGCUCUUUCGAUCUGGUCGUUCGCUUUCUCCUCGGUCGGAUUUCAGUUAUUGGAUCCACGGCGUCAGCGCUCGCGGUGACGGACGAGCUGGUGUUGCCGCUUCGCGCGGUGCGGGGCCUUGCAUUGGUCGCCGGAGUCUCCUGGGAGGACAUGGUGGUCAUCACGCAGUGCGCCUCGCUCGAUGGGAAGUUGCCUUACGAUGACGCGUCAUUUGGUGCUGUUCUAUCAGUCAUACAAAAAGUGGAGAGCUUUGGGGAUCAAUUUGUUGCUGAACUUAACCGAGUGCUGCAAGCUGGGGGGAUUGUGCUGGUACAGAGCUUCACACCCUCAUCUGAUCAGAAGCCAAACAAUUAUAUCAAGCGCCAGCUACUCAUGGGAGGUUUUGUUGAAGUUCAAGCUUCUGCUACAAGCUCGCCGGAUAGCGUACAAUCUUUUAUUAUCAGGGCAAAGAAGCCGGCUUGGAGUAUGGGUUCAUCCUUCCCCCUGAAGAAAGCAAUAAAGCCUCUUCCAAACACUGAAAUUGAUGAUGAUGAACACAGCCUCCUGACUGAGGAUGACUUGAAGAAACCGCAACUUCCAGUUGCAGGAGAUUGUGAAGUCGGAGCCACAAAGAAGGCAAGGAAGGCAUGCAAGAACUGCAGUUGUGGGAGGGCUGAGGCUGAGCAGAAGGUGGAGAAACUGGGGCUCACUGCAGAACAGAUCGAUAACCCCGUGUCAGCUUGUGGCAGUUGUGGAUUGGGCGAUGGAUUCAGAUGCAGUAGCUGCCCAUACAGAGGCCUCGCACCAUUCAAGUUGGGCCAGAAGGUUACAUUGUCUGAUAACUUCCUUUCGGCCGAGAUAUGA